GGGGGACAGGAGGGUGGCCACGGAACGUCUCCUCUCGGGUGCGGAUGUCCGGAGGGGUCGCAUUCCAUCGCUGCCCCGCCCACCCCUCUCAGCCAAUGGGCGGCGCGCGUUUGCCCGUAGUCAAGAUGGCAGCGGCGCCUCCCGUGAAGGCGCUCCGGGCGGCGCCGCCCGCGAUGGCGGCGGCCGGCGGGGGCCCGUAGGGGCCAUGGGCAGCGGCGAGGGCCGAGCCCCGCGGCGGGGCCGGGCCCGCGGCAACCCCGGCAGCUUCGACGGGCUGCACCGGAGCUGCAAAGAGGUGUUCCCGCCGCAGAUGGAGGGGGUGAAGCUGAUCGUCACCAAGACCCUGAGCAGCCACUUCCAGGUGACACACACGGUGCACAUGAGCACCCUGGGCCCCUCCGGCUACCGCUUCAACGCCACCUUCCUGGGGGACCGCCAGCUCGGGCCCACCGAGGUGUUCCCCACGCUGCUCGGGGACAUGGACAGCGCCGGCAGCCUGAACGCGCAGGUGCUGCAGCUGCUGGGGGAGCGCCUCCGCACCAAGGCCGUCUUCCAGGCGCAGCGCUCCCGCUUUGUGACGUGGCAGUUUGACGCCGAGUACCGGGGGGACGACUGCACGGCCGCGCUGACGCUGGGCAACCCCGACCUGCUGGCCGGCUCCGGGAUCCUGGUGGCCCAUUUCCUGCAGAGUGUCACCGCCCGGCUGGUGCUGGGCGCGGAGCUGGUGUACCACCGGCGGCCCGGAGAGGAGGGGGCCAUCCUCACCCUGGCUGGAAAGUACUCGGCCCCGAACUGGGAGGCAACGCUCAACGUGGGCUACGGCGGGGCCCACGCCAGCUACUACCACCGGGCCAACGAGCAGGUGGGGGUGGAGCUGGAGGCCAACCCGCGGCUGCAGGAGAGCUCCUUUGCCUUUGGCUACCAGCUCAACCUGCCGCGGGCCAACGCCGUCUUCAGAGGGCUCCUGGACAGCAGCUGGAGCGUGGGGGGGGUCCUGGAGAAGCGGCUGCCCCCCCUGCCCGUGACGCUGGCGCUGGGCGCCUUCCUGAACCACCGCAGGGACCGCUUCCACUGCGGCUUCGGUGUCACCGUGGCGUGAGCGACACGGGACAGGGACACCGGACAGGGGACAGGACAGCAGGGACAG